CGCCGCCCUCACUCUACCUACUACACCCCACUAAAGUUUCUCCUGUCAAGAUUUAAGUGAAUUUUCACCCGUGUAGAAAAUAUACAAGACAAAUCGGUCAAUCAAUAGUGUCUUUAUAUUUCAGAAUCCGUAGUGUUGCGUUUAAAGGAAAAUAGAGAAGGAAAACACCAGUGGUCACAUUAAUAACACGUACCUGCACUUUAGAUAUGGCAACAGUUGUGCUGUCACCUAGCCGGAAACUAAUGAGAGGAGUCAAUGAUUUGUGUUCGCCUUUCCACCCCCAACGUGUACGGUUUCAGAGGGCUGUGUUUGCCUUGAUUCUCUUCAUCAUGCUCUACGAAGCCAUAAAAAGAGGUUUUCCCUGCAUGAACCCCCAAAUACGAUCAUUGCAUUUUCCAGGUUUAAAGUUUGUGAAUACAUCUCUCAGCAACUACAGUUCUGAAGUAACCAUUAGUUCUAAGCUGACAAAGACCUUACAAAAUAAAUCAUCAAUCAGUGAUGACUUUCCCUUCAAGUAUCUGAUUAAUGAACCAGAUUUUUGUACUAGACGAAGCAACUUGUACGUUAUCAACAUUGUAGGCGUUGCACCCUGGGAAAUCAGAGCCAGAACCCUCAUCAGAAGUCUAUGGGCUCAUGAAACCUGGCAAAAUAAGACAGGUUUCAGAACUGUCUUUGUGACAGGUAUAGUGACUGACCACAAACUGAUGGCUGCCUUAAGAGAAGAGAGCAAUAAGUACCACGACAUUUUACAGUUCAAUUUCCUGGACACAUAUGAUAACCUCAGUCUCAAGACCCUGUGUGGCCUACACUGGGUUAACAACUUCUGCUCAACACCUGUCUGGGUCCUUAAGAGUGACACAGAUGUUAUGGUGAACACCUUCAGGCUCACCAGGUAUCUCCAUGAAUAUGAUGAGAAAACAAAUCACAGUAGGAACCAUUUUCUGUGCAAGCCCCGAGGCCCAGCUUCCCCUUGUCGUACGGGGUGUCGAAAAGUGAAGUGGCGUGUGAGCUGGGAAGAAUACCCUCAUAACAGAUACCCGGUCUACUGCAUGGGUCCUGGCUAUGUCAUACCUAGACAAAUGGUACCAGCUCUAUACCAAGCAGCGAACAAGACUCACCCCUUCCGCUUGGAGGACGUCUACUACACGGGCAUUAUUCCUAAACAACUUAAUUGGGGAAACAUGAAUGAAAAUAUUGGUCAUCUUUUCCCGUGGCGUCCAGUAGCUUGGCAAAAUUCUUUUGUAAAGAGUGACCUCAUGAUAUUGGAACUUGAUAAAGGUUUGGGACAGUCAGCAUCCACCACAGUUUGGACCAAGAUUCUUCAAAGUAUGGGACUUGAACGUUUAGUACAGAAUGAAAAAAGAUUAUAAUCACUUGAAGAUAAAGCAUAUUAAUGACAAUACAGGAGACGCUAUGUAUUUGUGUGUUCCCCAUUUGAGGUUUUAGUUUUACAGAGGUCAGCUUCAUUCCCCCACAUUGGUAGUGAACACUGAAACUUUUUGCCAUUUUUUCUGUGAUCCUGUUACCCUUAAUGAUGAUGCCUACAGGAAAAGCGAGAGAUGAUGCAGUGAGUCGGUGUAAGGCUGAACUCCCUAAAACUCCUUGUGAGGCCCUCGGAGAACAGUGAUGAAUAUGAUUUACUGUAUUUAUAUACUGUAUCCUUAAACUAAACAUCCUAUCUCUGACACAAUUUUCAUCAUAAUCAUGUGGUGGGUUACGGUGAUACACUGAAAUAUUAUAUCAACCUUAACCGCAAUUAUUUUGGCAUAUUCGUUACUGUUCCCCUAAGCGCCUCACAUGUUUCACGCGGCGUGAUGUGAACCACAGCCUGGGAACAACGGUACUUGGUAACAUCAGUACUUGGUUAAUUGUUAUCCGAAUGUUAUAAGGAGUAGUAAAACAAUAUUGAUUUUGCUAAAUACACUAUGUAUAAUUUACCUUGUGACCAGCACAGGUAUAGCAAUGAUACUGUA